GGCGGCCAUAGAAUUUAUUCAAUUUAAUAUAUAAAAUUAAUUGACUGAAAAUUUUCACUUCUUGUAUUCUUGAUUUGCAAAGACGAUGAUGCAGAAGGACCCAAUACAGAAAAGGGCUUUAUAUUUCUCUCUCUGUUUUUGGAAUAUGUAAGGUUGGACACUUCUAUUGUUCCAUGAAAAAUGAAGCCAUCAAAUAACAUCUGGAUUAGGCGACAACAGUGCCCUUGUGGAGAUUGGAAGUGUUAUAUUAAGUAUGAAGGUGAUGAUUCAACCUCCGUAAGCUCACUACAUGUAAAAAAUGAGAUGAUUUCAUCUUCAUCCUCAUCAGAAGCUGUCUUCACCCCUUAUGUUGGUCAAAUUUUCAAAACUGAUGAUGAUGCUUUUAAAUACUACAGCAACUUUGCACGGAAGAAUGGAUUUUCUAUUAGAAAGGCACGCUCUACAGAAAGCCAAAAUUUAGGGAUAUACAGACGAGAUUUUGUUUGUUAUCGGUCCGGAUUUAAUCAACCAAGAAAAAAGGCCAAUGUGGAGCAUCCCAGGGAGAGAAAAUCAGUACGGUGUGGAUGUGAUGCCAAGUUGUAUUUGACGAAGGAAACUGUUGAUGGCAUUAGUCAAUGGUAUGUUUCACAGUUUAGUAAUGUUCAUAAUCACGAGUUAUUGGAGGAUGACCAAGUGCGCCUACUUCCUGCUUAUCGUAAAAUACAAGAGGCAGAUCAAGAACGGAUUCUCUUACUUUCCAAAGCUGGCUUUCCUGUGAACCGGAUAGUGAAAGUGUUGGAGCUAGAGAAGGGAGUUCAACCUGGACAGUUGCCCUUUAUAGAAAAAGAUAUCAGGAAUUUUAUCCGGACUUGUAAGAAAGCUGUUCAAGAUAGUGAUGCUUUGCUCAAUGAGAAAAGAGAAAAUGAUAUGCUAGAACUUCUUGAUACCUGCAAGUCUAUGACAGAGAGAGAUCCAGGUUUUGUCUAUGAUUAUACCAUAGACGAUUAUGAAAAGGUUGAAAACAUUGCAUGGUCAUAUGGUGACUCCGUUCGUGCAUAUACUGUUUUUGGUGAUGUAGUUGCUUUUGACACUACCUAUCGUUCUAUCACUUAUGGAUUGCUCCUUGGAGUGUUGUUUGGCAUUGAUAAUCAUGGCAAGGCAAUUUUUUUAGGUUGCGUGCUGCUACAUGAUGAAAGUUCUCAUUCAUUUUCUUGGGCUCUGCAGGCUUUUAUUGGAUUUAUGAGAGGAAGAUCUCCACAGACUAUUCUAACUGAUAUAGACUCAGGGCUUAGAGAUGCUAUAGCAAGGGAGUUGCCCAAUACUAGACAUGUUAUAUCUAUAUGGCACAUUCUAUCCAAAAUUUCCAGUUGGUUCUCUUUGCCUCUAGGAACACAGUAUGGAAAUUUUAAAGCUGAAUUUGAUAUGUUGUCUCAUCUGGAAAGUGUAGAAGACUUUGAACAUCAAUGGAACAUUUUGGUUGCUCAGUAUGGCCUUGUGUCCGAUAAGCAUAUAGGUUUAUUGUAUUCAUCUCGAGAAUCCUGGUCGCUUUCUUACAUUAGAGGCUACUUUCUUGCUCGUACACUGACAGCUGAGUUUUCACUAGCCCUGGAGUCAUUCUUGAAAAGAAUUUUGAAUGUGCAGACAUGCCUACAAGUAUUCUUUGAGCAGGUCAGUAUUGCUGCCAACUUUGGGAGCCAGGCCAGAGAAGGGAUGAAGUAUAUGAAUGUAAAGACCGGCAUGCCUAUUGAAGAACAUGCGCGUAACAUUCUUACACCUUAUGCUUUCAGCAUCUUACAGCAUGAAAUUGUUCUGUCUCUGCAAUAUGCAACAACAGAAAUGACAAAUGGAUCAUAUCAUGUGCGGCACUACAAGAAAUUGGACAGAGAGUGUCUUGUCAUUUGGAUGCCAGACGAUGAACAAAUCCACUGUUCCUGUAAGGAGUUUGAGCAUUCUGGUAUUUUGUGCAGGCACUCCCUUCAUGUCCUUGUGGUUAAAAACUACUUUCAACUCCCUGAAAAAUAUUUUCUGCUUCGUUGGCGGCUAGAAAGUUCCUUACGUUCUUUGGCUGAUGAAAAUGCUCAAUUGAAUGCUGGUGAUUGUGCCCAGACUAUUAACACUCUCGCUGCUAGUCUAUUGACAGAGUCUUUAGUCUCCAAGGAAAGAUUUAAUUAUGUUCAUACAGAACUUUCGAGCCUUCUUGAGCAUGUUAGGAAUAUGCCAGUAAUUGAAGAGUAUGUGCAUUUGGCAGUUAAUAGCAUCAGUAAUAUUUAGGCAUCUUUAUUUAGCAUUGAACAUAAAAGCUGCCCUGGGAUUCUGGAGGAUGAAGUAUGUUGGUGUGGAAGGCAUCAUAUAUUAACCAUUAACUUGUAUAUGCAAAGAAGGAUACAGGAAUACGAUUUCUCAUAUGAACCCUGGCAAGCCAGCUCAGAUGUUCUGGAUGGGUGUCAUUUCUACAGUGUAUAUACAUGUCUUAUGGUAAUUGUAUAUUUCCUCGUGGGUAAAUUGUGUAUUCACUUUUGGGUAUCAGUAAAUGUUGGCAAUAGGCCGGGUAGAAAGAAGUUGGCAAUUUUUCAGACUGUUCUCAGUUCUGUAGUGUAAAUUGUAAUUAGCAGUGUACUUUAUCCAAAAUGUAAAUUUGGGCGAUGCUGUUUUCUUUUCUCUGGAUAAAGUCUGAUAUCAAUGUAGUGUUAUUUGUUCAAAUUACCUGACAACAUACACCUUGAGAAUUUAAAGUCCUUUUGAAGUUUUGUUCUGCAAUGUGAUGAAAACUUUCUUAUGACUAAUGGAACCAGAAGAUUGAGCUCA